AUGGUAAUUUGUAGGUCCGCACCUACCUACCAUUACAGUCGCAUUCAUAUCCGGUGCGACAAGUAUAUAAAGGCGUUGCAACCGUCCUGGCGUAAUUCGUUUGCAAUGCCGAAACCUGUUAGUAAGGAUAUCAGAGAGUUAGUAAUACGUCAUAACCAGGAACACAAAACUGUCGCCGAAAUUAGCAACAUUCUUCACAUAUCACCGAGAACUGUCUCUCGAAUAAUUAAGCUGUAUCGAGAGACGAAUUCCCUGUCUCCAAAGAAGUCGACGGGCCGACCCAGGAGUACGACUGCAGAACAAGAUGCUCAGCUGGCGUCGACCAGUCGGGCGGAUCCGUUCGCUACCUCCACCAUGCUCCGAGAGCAACUGCACCUGAAUGUGUCAAAGGACACUGUCAAAAGACGGUUGAGAGAAAACAAGUUGUUUGGAAGAAGAGCGGCACAAAAACAAAACCUGACCCCAGCCAAUAAACUUGACCGGCUCCGGUUUGCAGAAGACCACAUCAAUUGGACAGCCGACCAGUGGUCGGCUGUCAUCUUUUCGGACGAGAAGGUCUUCUGCUCCGAGAGUACCGAGACCGUUUGA